CAAAGCAUUUCUCUGUGCCAAAACCUCCAGAGUUCUUUGCACAUUCAUUUCAACUAAGUACGCACUGCGUGAGUGUUUUUAUGUAGUUUUUUUAUUUCACAUUACAUAGGAGUUUAAUUUAUUAGGUUUUGAUAUUGCGAAAUCAUAUUGCUGAAUUAUUUACUUAUUUGUUCCGUGGACCUCAGCUUCUGCUCGAUUCAGUGGAUAUUACGGUAUCUUACCAUGGCCCGCAAACUUACCGGAAACGAUAUUUUGGCACAAAUGGAAGCAGAAAAUGACAGCAUGGAUGACCUUUCAAGUGCCAGCGAAGACGAUGAAAAUGAACAGACCAUGUCCGAGGAAGGAUCACAGGACACUGUCGUGAUCACCGGAAAUGUGGUACAUACACCGGAACAUUUUCAAAGCAAAAAGCGCGGACAGUCGCCUACGUUGGUUACAUCCGCUGAGCAUAAAGACGUCGGUCUGGAAGAGUCUCUCAUCAAUGUUAUGCCUUUCCAUGAAGUUCGCAAGUCCUUGAAAUUCGACGUUUCUCCGCCCAGACAGAAGGACACCGAAACCGACACUACAUCGGAUGAUACUCAUGCUAAAAAAUUCAAACGCGUCAAAAAGGAUACGAUCCAAGAGCCCGAUUCAGAUGAAGACGAUGAGACUCCGAAAACGAAUGCGUUUCAGCCGAUGAAGCCGGCAGAUGUUCGAGAAAUUAUGGACACUGUUGUGGAUCCCUGGAUCGACAAUAAGAAGUUGCUGAGGGAAAACUGUGAAAAGCAGUUUGCUACAUGGCAUUUUUUGCAGAGAAAAGGAUUCAGUAUUCUGCUACAUGGAGUUGGAUCCAAAAAAUUGUUACUUGAUUCGUUUCGUAUGAAAGAAUUAUCCUCUGAACCGGUUAUGGUGAUCGAUGGCUUCAAGCCCGAAUGCAACUUGAAAGCGAUUUUCGAAGCAUUUUAUACGAAAAUAAUUGGUUCAAGCUGCCCGAAAAUGCUCAUGGAUGUUGUGGGAGGGAUGGUCCAGCACAUCGAAGAAAAAUAUGAACAUUUCAAUAUCCUUUUGCACAACAUUGAUGGGCCAUCUUUGAGAAAUUCUUCAUCACAGCAGGCGUUGAGAGCGUUAGCGGUCAGCCCCAAGAUCCACUUUGUUGCCUCCAUGGAUCACCCAAACCUUCCACUGUUGUGGAGCCAGACUGAUCUGGAAGUGUUCAAUUGGCUGUUUUUUCACUGCAGUACAUUUGCUAGUUACGAUGAAUUUCCGGUGCCCGACCUCGGCGGCACGAGUGCUGUACAGACUUCUUCUUUGGUACUGGAAUCUCUGCGCCAUGUCUUCGAAAGUCUUACAGUAAAUGCCAAGCGUAUCUACCAAGAAAUUGUCAAAUAUCAAUUAAAUCAUGGGGACGAAAACGCAUCCACCGAUCAAAAUAUUGGGAUGCCUUACAAUGAGCUGUAUAAAAUCUGUCGCGCGGAGUUUCUGGUGAGCCGUGAACCGAUUUUAAGGAAACAGCUGAUCGAAUAUUAUGAUCAUCAAGUUUUAAGAAGCGAGCGUGGAGCGGAUGGAAAGGAAUACCUUACCAUUCCUAUAAGUAGGGAUUCCCUCAAAGACUUCCUGGAUAAUUGUGAAUAAACCGGCUGAUGGUUGUGAAACUGUAAUUAUGUACUAUCCUUGAACGAAGUUGGUCAAACCGCUCCAAGUAGAAGUUCUGUUUGACUUUAGUAUUCGCGGUUUUAUGCUUUAUUUAAAGACUGCAGCGAUAAUUCACUGUAAGUACAAAGAAUUAUUGUGUGUCAUAACUGUGCGGCUGAUGUUAAGGCUUUGUGAUAAUUUUAAAUUAACGGAAAAAACUGAACGGAUCAGCUUGAGCGGUCUCAGUUUGAACUUUAGCAAUGAAAUUAUAAGAGUAA